AAAAGUUUUGCAAUCCCUUCGAGAUUAUUUCAGCGUUCAGUCGUGGAGUUGAGUUCACUUGGUCAAGAUUGAAAUCUAUCAUUUGUUGCUAAUGCGCGAAGUGCAUUAAACAAUCACAGAAGGAUAUUGUUGAAUUGUUAUUAUUAUUUUUUUUUCAUGUUGCUUUGGAAGAACUGACUAUAAAUUUUUAAAAGAUUCUUGUGGGAUUUGCAUAGCGGUUUGAUUUCCUGAUUAUUAUGGCUUCUAGUUCGAAGGCUUAUGGGGCAGCAGUUGUCUGUCCUUACCAUCCAGAUGCUUCUCUUAUUGAAGAUUAUCGUGCAGGCGAUAUGAUUUGUUCUGAAUGUGGACUUGUUGUUGGAGACAGAGUUAUUGAUGUGGGCUCAGAGUGGCGUACAUUCAGCAAUGAGAAGGCUGACAGUGAUCCUUCUCGUGUUGGUGCUGCUGAAAAUCCUUUAUUGAAUGGCAGUGACUUAUCCACUGUUAUUGGCAGAGGAACUGGAGAUGCUAGUUUUGAUGAAUCAGGAGUUGCAAAGUAUCAGAACAGAAGAACUAUGAGUAGUUCUGAUCGAGCAUUGAUAAAUGCAUUCAGAGAAAUCAGUAACAUGGCUGACAGGAUUAACUUGCCGAAAACUAUUGUGGAUAGGGCUAACAGUUUAUUUAAACAAGUUCAUGAUGGCAAAACACUUAAAGGUCGUAGUAAUGAUGCCAUAGCUUCAUCAUGUGUUUACAUUGCUUGCAGACAAGAAGGGGUACCUCGAACAUUUAAAGAGAUUUGUGCUGUCUCUAAAGUAUCUAAAAAAGAAAUUGGAAGAUGUUUCAAAUUAAUAUUGAAAGCUUUGGAGACCAGUGUUGACCUUAUCACAACUGGAGAUUUCAUGUCUCGGUUUUGUUCUAACUUGGGGCUCCCAACAAGUGUACAAAGAGCAGCAACACAUAUUGCACGCAAAGCUGUGGAAUUGGAUAUUGUGCCAGGCCGAAGUCCUAUAUCAGUUGCAGCUGCAGCUAUUUAUAUGGCUUCUCAGGCAUCAGAGGACAAGAAAUCUCAGAAAGAAAUUGGAGAUAUUGCUGGUGUUGCUGAUGUGACUAUUCGACAGUCAUAUAAACUGAUGUAUCCAAGAGCUGCUGAGUUGUUUCCUGCGGAUUUCAAAUUUCACACUCCUAUUGAAAAUCUUCCUCAACUAUAAACAGGAAGCUCAGGGACUGAAAACCAUUUGGAUGUGCUUCAGAGGUGUAAAUAAAAAUGUGGAAUUUCAGACUUUUUAAUUUUAAGAAUGACUACACAGCAGUGUGCUGAAAUAUUCUUUUUAUUGUGAGAAAAGUAUAGUGCACACAUGGGGGGAAAAAAAGAAAACUUAUAAUUCCAUUUUAAAUUUGUUGUUACCAGAUGACUGUGUGAAUUAAAGAAAGAUAUUAUUAUUUCAGUGAAAUAAUUUAACCAGAAUCUCACUGUUCAAUAUUAUUUGUUUUCAUUCUUUAUUAAGUUGAUGUAACAAAAUAAAAAAAAAGUUGCUUUACCUAUUAAAACUAUUACAUCUAAAAGUAAUUCUGUCAUCAAAUGGUUCUGUGUUUGUUCCACCUGAAUUGAAAAUUGUGUAUGAAUACCAAUUUAAAUUAUGAGGAUUUUAUAUUUCUUGAUUAAAAUGUAAAAAUCAUGUUAAUUGAUGAAAUUAUAUUGCAUGAAGUUUGACUCUCCUCUCUCUUUUGCCAUAAUACACGUGAAAAUUGUAUUAUUUUAGUAAUGUCUGUUCAUUUAUUGAAGCUUAAAAGAUAGUAAUUUUGAUUAUUAGAAUCCUGAAGGUCACAUUUUGUUACCUAUAGCAUAUUAGCCAAUUAAAAAAAAAUACUAUCAAGCCUUGUCCUUUUUUUUAAAGCAGAUCUUCCCGCCGCCUUCAAAAUUAAGUGUGCAUUAUGAAAUAAUAUUCAUUUAUUAUAUAAAAAUUUUUAUGUAUUUAUUAUAUAAAAGUUUCAUUUAUCAUGAAGUUUCAUUUUAUUUUUCCACUGGAUGUAAGGUGACAUUAUUUAUUAGUUAAAAUAUUUUACUAGGCUUAAAAAAUUUGCUUCAAUAUACAUAAAAUUAUCCACAUUUUUUAAUGAAACUCCAAAAGCUAAGUAGUUAAAUCAUCCGCAUAACUGAUUUAAUUAUUAGUUACUAGUAAUUUGACUUUAUUUUAUUCUGAACCAUUUCUUCAUAGUCAUCUCAGGAUCAUUAGAGAAGGAUUUUAUAGGACAGAUUUAUUGUUGGAAUGUCACUUUAAUUCUUCUUUUCAUUCUGGUCAAAUGUAUUUUCUAAAAUGUUUGAAUCAAGAUAUUUCAUCUGUGUCUCUCAUGCACGAUAUUUCAGCUUUGCAUCCUUAUUACUUUAAUCAGGGUUGUACAAAAUAUUUUUUUAUAUGUAUCUUUUAGAAUAUUUUGAAAAGCUCAUUUUUUUCAUUCAUUGUUUUAUAAUUAAAAUCUGUUGUCAAUUAUUUGUAAAAGCUACAAACGACUCAUUUAUUUGGCAAAUUUAAGAAAAUGUUGAACUAGAAAAGGCAAAUUUCCUAACAUGAAAAUACAAUUCUUAUGAAUCAUUAAUUGCAUUUUUCAAUUAACUAAAUAAAAUUCAUAUUAUUUAAAUAAGAAUUUUUAAGGAAAUUUAAUUAAAUGGUUGGUAAUAUGUAUAUUUUUUGUGAAGUAAUCAGUAUUUUGAUAGUAUAAUAUUGGUAUACUUAAAUGAUACAAGUAAUCUUUUAUCAUUGAAAAUAUCUGUUAUGCCAACAAGCCAAUUAUCAUUUUGUAUUGAAAUAUAAAGUAAAAUGAGGUAUAUUUUGUAUAUAUAGUACAAUAUAAACUAUCACAUUUUCAUGCUUUAAAUAACCAGAAUACUUUGUUUUGCUAUAAACAGUUAAUAUGUAUAUAUGUACUUCAGCACUG